AUGGCUCUGUCCUUCACAGGAUCUUCCUGGAGGGAUUUAAACAAAAUAUCUGUGGUGCUGGGAGCUCACAACGUUCGGAAACCAGAAGCAAACUCACAGAAGAUUGACGUGCGUCACCAGAUUGUCCACCCGAAAUACAGGAGGAAAACUAAACACAAUGACAUCAUGCUGCUGCAGCUGAUUCAAAAAGCCAAGCUGAAUGACCAAGGGCAACUUAUUGGCCUGCCUGCAAAAGGGGAAGCAGUGCAACCGGGAACCGUGUGCCGUGUGUCUGGCUGGGAAGGCAGAAGCCUGUGGAACUGGAAGUCCUUGAAUGUGCUGCUGGAGGUGGACCUGCCGGUGCGGCGUGAUCGAGUCUGCGAGAAGGCUUUCUACACGUAUGCUGCCCGGGUGCAGAUGUGUGCCGGGGACUCCUCCAGCAAGAAAUCAGCUUUCAGAGUUGAUUCUGAGGGAGCACUGGUGUGCAACGGGACAGCCCACGGCAUCCUCUCCUACGGACCCCGAAGAAGGACCUUCCCUCAAGUGUUUGCAAAAGUCUCCAGUUUCAUUCCCUGGAUUGAGAGUGAGCUUAAAAAGCUCAAGCCCUAGGCUUGAGCUACUAGCAUCUACCAACAUUACCCAAUUUCUCCAUCACCCUGCACCAUCUGGAAACAAUCUGCCAGGGCAACACGGGGGCCAAAUGGGCCAGGGGAUCCCUUGGAUGGAUAAACAUGGGAGCGGGGAGGGCCUGUCACCUCUGUGCUUGGUGCUGGAGCUGGUGCAUCUCAUAUUGUCCUCUCAUUCUUCUGCUGCAAACAUGCAACUCUCGGCCCCUUGGGAUGCUAUCACAGAGCUUCCUGAUCAGUGAACAGGAAAAUGCCUGGGCUCAGAGCUGAGCCUUGGGUGACUGCAUGAUGCUCCAGGGCUUCUCUGAGCUGUCUCCAGAAACAUCACCAGGUCUAGUCCAGGGUAAAGUUAGCCCAUUUUUCCCCAGUGUAUAAAUUGUGAGAAAGUUUUACCUUCCAGGCUGCAGUAUAACAAACCCCUACUUUUUGUGGGGGACGAAGGAGGGGGGGCAAUAAAUAAUAAUGAUUCAAACAAGCAACGGUCCCGUAUCUGCACGAGAGGAAGGCUAACGUGUAACACUAACGCUGCUAGCUGCAAAUAUUGACCCUGUACCCCCCUCUUCUUUAGCUAUUCCUGGCUUUCUUUUGUCUUAAACUGCCAUCUAAACCACUUCCUUCUGCUCAGCAUGUUGUUCUUGACCCCCCUUGACUAAGGGUUUCAAGAAACAAACCAUCUCCAGCAUUUAUAAGUUCAAUGAGGCUUGAGGAGAACUGUUUAGCUGAGCCUUGGCCUGUCGUGCUCUCUAUACAAGUCGACUUUGGUUCAUCAGCGAGAUGCCAAUCUACCUGCCUCCUGUGGAGGAGACACAGGUUUCUGUAGAAGGGCUUUUCUUGAAAAUACCUGUUUUACUUGGCAUUUUUCAUACUGUGUUAGGAAGGGGUCAUUCCCUUGCUGAGGGCUGCAUGACGGCAUCAACGGGAAGUUGUCGGCAUCUUUGUGUGUGUCAGUUGUUGCAAUAAAGCCCUUUUG